CAUUCACCUGUCUUUCCAAUUUAUUUUAUUAAUACUAUAAAUCAACAACAUCUCAAAUGAAACUUAGUUAGAAAGUAUACUUCACAUGCAUCGCCCCCCUUAUCAUGAAUUAGACUUACACAUCGGGCCUGUUACAUGAGGUAGAUUUCUAGCCUGCAACUAUAGAAGACCAACUACCUUAGGUACCUAACUUUAGGCAUGAACUCGGAUGGCAACCCCGAGUACCGCGCCGCCAACAGCGGAUCCGACGGCGAGCCCUCCCGGCCGCCUCCCGCCUCCUCGCCUGGAUCCGGCGAGAGCGCGCGCAAGCGUCGCCACCACAGGACAGUAGAACCGUCGUCCCCCGCGGCAUCAUCGCUGCCUAAGAGGCAAAAGGGGGCGUCUUUCAACUUCCAGUACCUGGGCCUUCUCAACGAGGAAAUCGGCGACGCUGCGGCCGGCACCAUAUCCCGCGACGACGAACCCUCGUCCGACCUGCCUCCCUCGCAGGUCGGCGUCGUGUCGUGGUCCCCGUCCGAAAAGCACGCCUUGUUCUCGGCCCUGGACCGCCUGGGGCGCGACGAUAUAGCGGGCAUCGCCGCGAGGGUCGGCACGAAAAGCCCCCUCGAGGUCCGCCAGUAUCUGGUAUUGCUUGGCGAGGCGGAGCGUGCUCGCCGCGAGGACGACGGCAAGAGGCGGAGGGCGCUGCGCCCCGUCGACGUCCCCGCCGCAGCGGAGCUCAGCACGGAACUGUGCGCGGCCCUGGAGCAGGCGGCGGAUGUGAUCGCGGCGCGAUGCGAGAGGUACGAGGCGGUGCUGGAGCAGAAGCGGUGGCAAGGGCGGUGGCUGAUCACGGCGCAGCUGGCGAGGGUGCUUGAGCGCCAGCAGCGUACUGCCGCCACUAGUAACAACCCAACAACAACAACCACAACAACGAGAAUAGAUGCGAACGUCCUCCCCCCGUUCGCGGAGCUGUUCGCGCUCCGCAACUGGCUGCAGCUCUCCGAGCGGGUCUUCAUGAACUCGUCCGUGGUCCCGGACGGCAACUGGCGCGGGGUGUCGUCGGAGUCGUCGGAGUCGGAAGCGCCGUCGAUCCGGGCGACGGCGCUCGCGGACUUCCACUCGCUGGUGGUGAGCGUGACGCGGCGGCUCGUGGGCGCGACGCUCUACGUAGCGGGCUCGCGGGUGCGCGCGAAGCGGGCCGGGGACCGGCGAAGCAACCGCACGAGCGGCCUCGUCAAGAUCAGGGAUGUGCAAGCAGCGGUGGCGUCGGUCGGCAUGCCCGAGAACAGCCGGGAGUUCUGGGCGCGGGCGGCGCGCAGGUUACGGCUGGAUGUGUACGAUGACGAGCAGGAUGAUGAUGAUGACGAUGAUGAGAAUGGUGAUGAUAGGAGCGAAGACGGAUCAGGGGAGACGGAUCAGGAGUAUGGAUCUGGAAAAGAAGGGGAAGAUCGUGAAGAUUUCGAUGUUGAGGCUGAAGACACGAUGACUCAAAGCGACGUAACUGAGGAAGAAGAAGAAGAAGAGAGGCACAAUUCCCCCAUUGAAAUACACGACGACGAGACAGACUCCCCACCCCCUCUAAUGUCUUACGACGAAGUCGAAACCGCCCUCGGCUUCCCCCGUCUUCCGCGCCCGUCAUCCCCCCACCCUCCCCAAGACCAAGACCAAGCCCUCCGCACCGACCUCCCCGAGAUAUCCUCCUCCUCCAGCUCCUCCGCAUACUCGUUCUCAGACUCAGAUUCGGCCGCUAGUCCCGGCCCCGACUCCGAUGUUUCGAUGAAAGACCCUUCAGCAGAAGAACAAGAAGAAGAAGAAGAGGAGGAGGAAGAAGACCCGCCCGCUCUAGCGCAAGACCUCCUCGAAGCCCUCACGUACACGGCAACCUACGACCAGGCGGCGGCGACGACGCGCUCGCGGGACGCGGUGCGCGCCCGGCUCCGCGCGGAGCACGAGCUGUGGGCGGACGCGGAGCGCUCCGACGCGCGGGCCGCGGCGAGGGAGGAGGCGCGGUUGUGGAAGGUGGUGUACGAUGGGCGGGGGCGGGUGAAAGAAGAUCAGGAAGAGGAGGAGGCAGAAGGGGAGGACGACGAUGAUGAUGAUGAUAAAAAGGGGGAAGGGGAAGGGGAGAUGCAGAGACGGUCGGGGUUGGUGGAUCCAGGUGGUGCGAAUUGGAGAGAGCAUAUCGAGUAUUACAGCGAGUGGGAGGUUAUGGGAAGAAGGAAGGGAGGAGGUGGAGGCGGGGUGGCUGACGGUUCGUAUACUAAUAAGGAAUAAGAAGAUUUGGAUGUCCUGAAGGCUAGGUACAUUGGGUGGUCAGUCUAUGAAUAUCUAAGAGUACCCAACUUAACCUAACCUAACCUAAGACAAAAUAUUUAUCUAAGAUAUCAGAGGACUGAGAGCUGGUCUUGGAAGAAACAUGCACAUAUAAUAAUACCUAUGAAACUCUCCAACAAGGGGUUCAUUACUAAGUAUCUCUCUUUUCUGUUUUCUGCUUCCCAUAGAUGGAUCCCAUUUACGAGUAAGCAGUAAGUACCUGUGGUGGUAGUAGUAGUAAUAAUCGUAGUAUAGUCAUACACGGAGGUCUUCGUCACU